ACACGACACAAGAGAACGCGCGGAGGUCACAAGACCCGAACACAUGGUGAUCAUCUUACGAGAUGGUGGUGGGAAGGAUUGGAUUCUUACCAUACACACACACCUUUUGGCUCGCACUCGAUGCCGUACUCGUUUCCUACUCCCCCGGGUCUUGACUCUUGACUCAUCAGUCCCUCAGACUGAAUCUCGACUUUCGUUCAACGCCAAUACAUUCUUACAGACUGUCUGCACGAUUCGAUGUUACAUUCACGGAUGUCUAAUUGCACAGGAAUGCUCGAUCAGUACGUUCCACCCGAGAGCUAGGAGGAUGGAGCAUGAGCGCGGCCCCAAACACAUGGAUGGAACACACCUUCGCUUUGUCGAGCGCCAGAGAGUGUCCUUUGCCACUGGAUGUGAUGUCGAGCCCGGAGAAGUCCCACGUUCCGCUGCAAGCACCGCAGUCAAUGACAAGGCCGUAGGCGCUGCUGGUGGUCGAGACGGUGGUCGUUCCUCCGGUGAACUGUACGCCAGAGAUGGGCCCGCCUGUGCCAGGGGUGCCGUUGUUGUCCGGGUAGCUCUGGGUGAUCAGGACGCCGUAUCCGGUGAUCCCAGAGAUCUUGUUGCUGCGGGCGGUUCAGUCGGACGGAGCCACGGUCGAGACAAUGGGACACUCACGCCUCGUAGAUGACACCAGAAACCUUGGCACCCGUUGCAGCGGCCUGGACUUUGAUGCGGAGACCGUACAUGCUUCGCAAUCGAGCCGAUGGAGAUGCCGUGGCCGCCGGAGCAGACCGUGUCUUCGAUGAGAACGUUGUCACCCGAGUUGAGCGCGAGGCAGUCGUCCUGGUUCUUGACCGUGCAGGAAGAGAUUGUCACAUCGCUGGCGCUGACGUCAAAGGCGUCGGUGUUGUGGCCGCCCUUCGUGUCUCCGAGAGCUGCACCGAGACGUCAGACGGGAUCCACACGUUCGAACGAAUCCGCCGGAAGUCCCAACGGAGACAGCUUGGGCAGGGGAAUUGAGGACCGUGAACUGCGUGAAGGAUCCGUAGCCCUUGAGUCUGCUAUGCGUCAGAACACAGUACAUGAUAUCCAUAAGUACCACCCACUUGAUGAAAGGGUGGGGUUUGAAGGAGCCGCCAUUGGUACCCUGGCCGUCCCAGUAAGAUGCGCCUUGUCCCUGUGCAAACCUCAGUCAAGUCCAAAUAGAUUCUUGUGCGACCGA